AGAGAACAGAUGGAUUGUCUGACAUGCAGCUGGAUGUUUAGGUCCUGAGUCCAGUGUUUGCUGAACAAAACUCCUGAGGACAAAUCAAGAUUCAUCUACUUCAAACAGGUUGAUGUAAGAGAACCCAUUUUUAUUUUCGGGGGACAUUUUUGUAAGGUUUGGCAAGCAUUUUACUAGGAUAUUAAGGUUUUUCUCUCCUCUUUUACAACUAUGAACUGCCUGGAAAUUCAAUGAUCUCUCUGGAGCAACUCAGGAUAUCAAUUUAAACAUCACAGGCAAACCUGAAAGAACUGCUGAUCACAAGGAUAACCCUGGUUUGUUUCUGAAAUCUAUGACUGUUUUUUAUUUAUUUUUUUUUUUUUACAAUAAUCAGUUUGGAAAUAUCCAAUUUUAAUGCACAGACUUGGGUGUGUUUCUCAGGUUUUCCAUAUUCAAAUUUAAUUCAGUUGGAUAUCCUACAACUUUAUGCAGGUGGUGAAAAGUUUGGACACUGCAGUGCGAUCACCUCAGCCAGUCUGGAGUGUGGAGGGCUCCCCUCCCUGCCCUCGUAGUCUCUCCUCACCCCCAGCAGCAUGUCCCAGGCUCUAAGGCUGCCUCUAGUCCUCCUCACAGCACACUACCAUGAUCAGAUGGGCUGCUGGAGGGAGUAAGGCUGCAUUUGCCUCGUUCUGCUCCUGGGCCGGCUUGGGGGCUUACUCUGGCUCCGGGACCAGCUUCCGAUCAAGGUCAUCAGGACUGCUUUCCUCUCCGACUUUCUCUGUGUUGGUUGCUCUCCUGGCUUUCUCCCUGUGCUUUCCUGCGGUUGCGUGCCGUCAGAACCGCAGAGACAGACUGAGGUCCCCCGACCUGGAAACAUCUGGGGUUCCACUGAACAUUUCAGAGAGCAAAUUAAUCUCUAGACCUAGAGCCACCAGGGGCCCGUCUGGACAGGCUGGAGGACCGCAGGGGAGGCAUGUGCGCAGCUACAAUCACCUCCAAGGGGACAUACGUAGGAGAAAGUUGUUCUCUUUCCAGAAGUUUUUCCUGAGGAUCGAUAGGAAUGGACAAGUCAAUGGGACCAAGAGCAAGGAUGACCCACUCAGUAUUUUGGAAAUCACAUCAGUGGAAGUGGGAGUGGUGGCCAUUAAAGGGCUGAACAGCAACUACUAUCUGGCCAUCAGCAGGAAAGGAGAGCUGUACGGAGCGAGAGAGUUUGGUGUCGACUGCAAGCUGAAGGAGCGCAUCGAGGAGAACGGCUACAACACCUACGCUUCGGCUGAGUGGAAGAACAAGAAGCGGCAGAUGUUUGUGGGGCUGAACGUCCAUGGGAAGCCGCUGAGGGGAAUGAAAACCCGGAGGAAGAAAACAUCAACCCACUUCCUUCCAAUGAUGGUGUGAACCAAGGAGCCCACCUGGAGUGGAAACAGAUACACAGAGCACUGGACAUGAGAGGUUUUAAAUACCAGACAACCAUGAAUCAAAGACAUGCGUUGAAAAAUCUCUCAUUUGGGAAAAGAAAAAGGCACUAACACUGUUAAACGACGUGAACUCUGAUUUGGUUGAGAUUGCUUAUUUCCUUUAGGUGAGAGAUGUUAAUCUGAGUUUUGAGUGGCACCCAAGGCAGGGGUCAUCUUUAUUUUUUUACUGUGCCAAACAGUUUGAAGCUGAAGUCUGUGGACAACAGAGAAAGUACUAUCCAAGCUAGAUGUAUCGAAAUAUGGUAUUUAUAAUCCAACUUCUCCAGAGAGGCAGGGAACAAGGUCUGGCAGAAAAUGGCAAAGGUAAAAAUCAGAUUAUCAUGACAGCAUGAAAUAUUAAGAAUUAAAGCACAUUUAAAAUAAUUGUUUGAUACUUAACCACUGAGUUUUGGCUGAAUUUUAUUGAUUUAUUUAUUUUUGUGAGAUAUUUAACUGGAAAGAACACCAGCAAUCCUCUGCGUUCUACUUUUUAUAGGAUCUCUCUAUCAUGUGAAAAUAAAACUACGAUUCUUCUCUG